UGCACAAACACGAUCGCAUCUUCAGUCGACAGCUGAGAUGGGUGUCGAUCUGGCAGUUGUUACUUUGCUCAUCGCUCUGAUGCAAGGUGUCUUUUGUAAAAACUGGGAUGUAACGCUGCCCCAAAGAAUUAUAGGCAUCAGCGAGUCUUGCGUCACAGUCCCGUGUCGUUUCGAUGUCCCCAAAGAUGCAGAAGCAAACAUCUUAAACUGCUCAGAUGGUGGCAUUUGGAGGAAAGGAAGACUGGAUGGUCCUUUCGUCUUCUCUGCACGCAAUCCUUACACCAAUACUUUACAUGGACAAAUAGUCGGCGACUUGACGAUGAAGAACUGCACCACAACGUUCCACAGCUUCCCGAAGAACUACAGCACCAUGUUCUUCUUCAGGCUCGACUGUUUAAACCGCGUCAAGUUCACUUUCCAAAAUGGCGUCAUGAUUAACAUCCGAGCAGAGCUGCCUCCCCCCCAGCUGACCUCUGUGAGUCAGGUGUCGGAGGGAGAGCAGGUGAGGCUGCGGUGUUCAGUCCCGGUGCCCUGCUCCAUCCUGCCCCCCUCCAUCACCUGGCUUCCCCGGGACAACUCCAGGCAGGAGCAGACACAAAUGCAGCAGAGUUUGGAUGGACUGAUGACGAUGACGUCCACCCUGACCUUCAACGCCUCAGCCGCCCAUCACAAGCAGAGCGUCUCCUGCUCUGUCUCCUACCCGCUGACUAAAGGGGGCAGCAGCCCGCCGUCUGCAUCGACUCAGACACUCAGCGUCCUGUAUGCUCCUAGAGUCACGGUGGCAACGCUCAGCACGUCCCUUCCUGUCUCUGAGGGCCGCAUUGUGACGUUUACAUGUUGGAGUGAUGCCAACCCACCUGUGACGCGCUACACCUGGUUCAGAGUCGACAGUGGCAAGUUGACGAAGACGGAUGAAGGAGAACAGAUGGUCCUGCAGGUCAGUCGGACGGACAGCGGGGUUUAUCUGUGUGAAGCUCGAACCCAGAAGGUCUCCCAGAGGUCCAGACCUGUGACUCUGGAGGUCAACGUCACUGCAGGCAGCAGCACGUGUGCUGUGGCGCUUCCCUACAUUGUAUGUGGAGUGUUGUUGGUCCUCUACAUCCUGACUGUUGUUGUGGAUGUGUACAAGUAUCAAAGUAUUUCCAAGAGGCUGAAGCAGAUCGAGCUGAAGGCGGAACACACCUACACUGAUCUGAGAACCUGCAGCAUCACGUCUGACUAUGACCGACUGCAGCCUCGAGAGCCUAAAGCGGUACCCUCUGAUGAAGCUCACAACUACGAGAACCCCAUCGCCCUGCAGGCCAGAUUCAAACACCAACCGCCGCCAAAGAGCACUUGAAGGAAGCGGUAGAAGUUUUCAUUGAAAGGGUCUGAAUAUGAUUGUGAACAUUUCAAACUAGACUUUGUGUCGUGAAAUGUCACGUGUAUCUAUUCUAUAUUCUUUAUCCACCUUCUUUCAAGCAUUCUUUGAAGCCAUAUCAUGCUUAUUGUUUGUUUCUGGUGACUUUACCAUCACAUGUGACAAAUAAUUCUACUGUUGAUGUCUCACGCGUACUUUUGCACACACGUCCUGUUAUUCAUUAUGAUACAUUUGGAAAAUAGUUUACGUGGAAACUGGAAUUGAAUAAAGUUUUGUGUGAAUGAGGAGUAA